CGCGAAACGCACGCCGCCAGAGCCGUCGUGCUGGACACCACACACACACGCCGUGUGACUUCAUAUCGGCCCGUCCGUCGUCCGCGUCCGCCCGUGUGCGCCUUCUUCUUCCCGAAACGGCUCGCGCUCUCGCUCGCGGCUUCGUCGAGCAGCAGCCAGCCGCGGCGCGCACAGUUUCGUGCCGCACGCUUCGAGGUGAAGAAGCUGCCCACGGAGAGCUCUCCCGAGGCAGGCAAUCCGAAGAGGCUGAAGGCAGCAGAGAGCCCAUUUCAAGGAAGCGACGUUUAUUAUUUAUCGAGUGCGCGAAACGAAAAAUAUUUAAAGGACUCUAAUUAAAUAUUGUGCUCCAUUAAUUUAAGGAACACGAUUUUCGGAUAGAUAGAACGCGCCAUGUCGGCGUGGAGUUCAGGGUCGCGGGCCCUGACGAUGGCAUUGCUCACAGUCAUUCUCAUCCUGCCGGCCGUCAUUCACACUGCGCCGGUGUCAGAACAACAAGGCGAUUUGGAAACCUACUACCCUGGUAAAUACGCUAAAUCAUUUGCGGACGCAACCGGCUGUUAUUACAAUUUCCAGCAUUACGACGAAGGUGAUCGGAUAAUCACCAACGAACCAUGCCUAAAUUGCACAUGCCACAAUCGAAUGCUGAUGUGCUACUUGCGCGUCUGUCCGUUUAUCAAAGCAAUCGGAGAAAAUUGCAAAGUGGAGAAGCGCAACGAUCAAUGCUGCCCAGUGAUAACCUGUCCAGAAGUACCUGUACAAUUGUUGACGUCGACAACAACCGAGAGCGCAGUAGGCAAACCUGGAUCUACUGACGUUGGUCAUCUGGAUACAUAUGGAUGCUCCAUUGAUAGAUUGUUCUACAGUGAUGGUGCGAGAGUACCUUCGGAACCGAAUAAACCUUGCGAAUUGUGCUACUGUAUCAGGAAUAAGACCGCGUGUGUUAUGCAAGAGUGCACACUUCACAUUCAAGGAUGCAAGCCUAUUUACCAGGAGGGAGUUUGUUGUCCAGUGCGAUAUGAUUGCGAUCAUCCAGAUGAAGAACUUCCGGCUCUUACGUCUACAACCACGACAACGACGGAAGCUCCAACUACAACUCCAGGAUUGAUCUUCACCACGACAAUGCAACCUGGUGGCACCACUGACUGUACAUUCGACGGUGAAAUUUAUGCUGAUGGUGCUUUAGUUAAGAAGGAUGUUGCUUGCGAGCAUUGUUAUUGUAUGAAGGGUGAUAUUGUCUGUGCGGUUCAAGAAUGCGCGCCUACACCAUUGGAUAAGGUUAAUUGUACCGCUAUGCCUCCACGUGAGGGUCAAUGUUGUCCAGAUACGUAUGACUGCGAGUACGUAAGUCAAGAAGAGUUGACCACUGCCGUUUAUGAGUUCUCCACAACAACGGUGCCUUCAAUUGCCGAGGAAGAAAAUAUCAUUCCUGAACAUGAUGAUCACACUCUUCCACCUGUUUCUGCUACCGAAGCUGCUGGUACCGAGGUUCCAAGCAAGGCUGAAGAAGUACCCAAAGAAGGUGAAGUUCCGGAAACAAGUGAGAAGCCUGAGGAACCAACUGAGGUUGAAAAGACUGAAAAACCAGAAGUUCCUGAACCUACAGAAGAAGAUCACAAGGAUAUCUUGGAAACACCUACAGAAGAAGAGGGAGUGACGGAAAGUGAAGAAGUACCUGCUCACGUUUCAGAAAUUGUGCCUGAAGUAACUACAGAACACAAAGAACCGGUAUCUGAAACAGAAAAACCGACAGAGCAAAUAGAUGAAGAAAAGCCAGUUCAUGUUCCAGGUGAAGGUCUUACUGAAACUCCUGAAGAAGAACCAAGUGUCACUGAGCAUGAGGAACCGGUUGAACAUGAAAAGGAAUCUGAAGCUCCAACUAAGGCUGAAACGGAAACAGAGAAGCCGAUCGAGGAAGAGGUUCCGCAUGUUCCUGAAGAAGAACAAGUAACUGAAGGUGAAGUUUCUGAAGUUACUACUGAAGCUGCUCCACAUAAACCUGAUGAAGAGGUAACCGGUGAUGUUACUGAAGAGACUCCGAUUGUAACUGCCGAUGAAAAGGAAUAUGACCAUACUCCAGCACAUAUUCCAGGCGAACAGGUCACAGAAGGCGAAGAGAUCCAUGUUACCGAGGCGCCAGUUGUGCCACCAGUACCGGUGGUUCCAGCAGUCACUGAAGCAGAAGGACAGGUAACAGAAGAAAUUCCAGAGGAACAUACUGAAGCGCAUAUUCCUGAAACUGCAACACAGGCGGAAGAAGAAGUUAUGCAAGUGACUGAAGGCCACAAACCCAUUGACACAGAGCAUAUUACGGAAGGUGAAGCGCAGGUUACAGAAGGUGAAGCUCAGGUUACAGAAGGUGAAGCUCAGGUUACAGAAGGUGAAGCUCAAGUCACUGAAGAAGAAGGACAUGUUCAAGUGACGGAAGACGAAGGACACGUUCAAGUAACAGAGGACGAAGGACACGUUCAAGUCACAGAAGAUGAAGGACAUGCUCAAGUAACAGAAGAGGAAGGACACGUUCAAGUCACAGAAGAUGAAGGACACGUUCAGGUUACAGAAGGUAUUUUACCGGUAUCUGAAGGACCACAACCCACUACUGAGGGAUUACCAUCGGUUACUGAAGCAGAAGAACACGUGCCCGAGAGGGAUGACCACUCACCUGAAACAGAAAUAACGCAUCCAGCUGAGAGUGCUUCAGAACCCACACAUGUGGAACCCGAGGAUAAGGUAACUGAAGCUGUUUCUGCAGUGACUGAUGUACCUGUUACGGAACAUGAGGCACCUGCAACUGAGCAUGUACCUGAAGAAGGAGAAGAACCUGUUACUGAAAAGAAGCAGGAACCUGAAAUUACUCCUACUGAAGGUGAAGAACCUGUAACUGAAGUUAAGAUUGAGGCAGAGACUAGUAAACCUGAGGAGGUUGAAGAAGAAAAGCCAACUGACGAUGGUAAACCAACAGACGAACAAGCUGAAACCGAAGCACCUGAGGAAGUUAGUGAAGUGCCUGAAAGCACUGAGCCAACUAAGGAACAACCUGAAGGACCUGAAGAGCCUAUUCAACCAGUAAUUCCGGUGAAACCCGAAGAACCUGAACAGCCUGAGCAGCCUGAAACCACAACACUAAAAUUGGCUGAAGAAACGGAGCAGCCGUCUCAAGAAAUUGUUCCUGGCGAAGAAACCUCACAACCAUCGACGGUUGAAACUACCGCAGGACACAUUCCAGAAGUUAGUGAGGAAGCUACUCCGGUUUAUGAUGAAGAAGGUAAAACACCUGAGACACCAAUUACUGAAGAAGUUCCUACUGCUACAGAGGGUGAGAUUCCAGAGGUUAAACCUGGCGAAAUUGAGCCACAAAUUAUCGAAAAACAACCUGAGGAAGAAGUGGAUAGAACAGAUAAACCCGCGUCUGAAGAUAUUACCGAACCAACUGAAAUUAAACCGGAAGUACCCGAAGUUCCUGAAGUUAAGCCAACAGAGAUUCCAGAAGAAAUCGCGCCAACAACAGUUGUUACAGAAGUUACAGAUGAAGAGAAACCGGAGACGCCCGAGAUUUCAGACGAAGAUAUUGUGCAUGAACCGGUUGAAGGCGAGGAAGAGCCGCAUACUUCUGCCGCCGUUGUACCUGGUGAACAAGAACCAACAACCGAACACGUACCAGUUAUUCCAGAAGUGACCGAGGGUAAGGAUGAAGAGAAAGAAGUUGUGAAACCAGUAGAAGGUGAACCAAUUGAACCAACAGAGGAAGCUAUUACGGCAGCUCCAGAAAAACCAGUUGAAGUUCCGGUAGAAGAUGAGCAUACUCCGGAACCAGAAGUGAUGGAGGUGACCGAGUCGGUAACAAAGAUGCCCGAAUCUGCAGAACAUGCUACAGAACCAACAAAGGUACCAGCAGUACCAGAAACAACUGAAGCUAAACCAGAAAUUACCACUGAACAUGUUAAGGUAGAGGAUGAAACAGAAAUUCCAUCUGUUGAAACCAAACCUGAAGAGGCGAAACCAACUGAAAUUGCUGAACAAGAAAGUACUGAAGCUGUACCAUCAGAAGGCGAAACUGAAACACCAAAAGAACCAGCUGUUGUUCCAGAAGUUACUGGAGAACCUGAGGUAACUGAAAUCCCACAUGUCACAGAUGAAGAAGAAACAGAAGGUUCUGGUGAAGCUCAACCAGAAAUCCCAGCAACCACAGUGAAACAUGAGGAAGAAGUUGUAACCGAAAGUGUUCAACAUGAACCAAGUGGCGAGGAUGAGCAUGUUGAUGAAGAAACUGAAAGUCCCAAAGAGCACAUCACCGAAAAACCGAUUGAAGCUGUUGAGGCAGAAACGGAGGCUGAACCUUCAACCGAGGAGGAAGGCACUGAGUUCCCCAUUCGUGAACAUGUUAUACCUGGUGAAGGCAGUUGCCUUGUGGACGGUCAAACUUAUGCCAACAACACUAACGUGCCCACAAUUAAUCAUUGUCAAGUAUCAUGUAAAUGUAUUAGCUCCAUUUUACAAUGCGAGAGCGUGACAUGUUCUCCUGCUCCGUCGAACAUGCAAAAUUGCAUGCCUGUGUACCAUGGACCUGAUAGCUGUUGCCCGACCUAUAGUUGCAGUGCUCCAGGUCCGCAAGAAAUGGAAUCCGACAGCCACAAGAUGGAAGAUGAAACCACAGUGUCUGAAGAAUUAACCACUCCUUCUGUUACUCCAAGCGCCGAGGUGAAACCAGAUGAAGAAGGUUCAGGGGUCACCGAGCAUGUUACAGAAGGUGUAUUCAAACCUGAAGAAGAAACAGAGCCUUCUCUUCAUGUUGAGCCUACAGAGGAACAGAAGACUGGUAAACCAAUUGAAGAAGCUGUCACAGAACCGACUGGAGAAAUUCCAGAGAAACCAGAAGAAGUUGAACAUGAAGAGCCUGCCACAGCUGGGCCAGAAGUUACAGAGCCUGCAGAAGAAAUUACCAAGAAACCAGAGGAAACUGUACCUGAGGAGCCUGCCACAUCAGUUCCAGAAGUCACUGAUCAUGCCGAAGAAAUCACAAAGAAACCCGAGGAGAUUGAACCUGAAGAACCAGCCACGUCAGUGCCCGAAGUUACAGAGCAUGCAGAAGAAACUUCAAAAGAACCUGCUACACCAGAGUCUGAAGUUAUUCCCGAAGUCACAACUGCUGCUCCCGUUACAGAUGAAGAGGAAACUGGUGCUCCUGAAUAUACUGAACCUGAAAGUGCAACUUCAGGAAAGCCAGAAGAAGUGGAACCAAGCAUUGAGGAGGGUGCUAAACCAGAAUCUACAGAGGUGCCAGAUACUGAAAUUCCAGCGAAACCAACAACUGAAGAGUCCGAAGUUGCUGUACCAUCUGAAGGUACCACAGAACAAGAGCCCGAAGAAAAACCAGUUCAUGUUCCGGUUGAAGCAGAAGAAGGAACAACACCAGCAGUUAUUGCAGAAGUUGAUCUUACGACUCCUAGUGUGGAAACUGACAAGAAAACUGAGAAACCAGAAGAGAUUCAACCUGAACAGGAUGAAGUUACAAGCACAGUUCCAGAAAUUGAAGAAGGCGUUGCUACUACUCCUAAAAUACCUGUGGUUCCAUCGGGCGAAGAAUCUACAGCUCAUCCAGCUGAAGUUACGGAACGAGUGGAUACGGGUGCUCCAAUUGAAGGAUGUGCUGAAGGCGAAGUCUGCGAACCAGCCGAACCUGCUGUGCCUUCCGAGACCGAAGUUCCUUGCCAUGGUGAAGCUUGCGAAGGUGUUACCAGUGCACCUGUUAUUCCAGAUAUUACAACACCUUGCAAGGAGGGUGAAGUAUGCGAGGGCGAAGAAACACCACCGCAAUAUGUUCCAGUGCCAGUCCUUCCUUGUGCCGAUGGUGAAGUGUGUGAAUCACCUGAACCAGCGCAACCAAGUGAGAUUCCGACGCAACCUGAACAACCAAGUGAAGCUCCAAUUCAACCUUGUGCGGAUGGCGAAACUUGUGAAGGAGAAACUACACCUCUUGCUCCUACUCAUGUUGAACCUGUUAGUUGCGCUGAAGGCGAAGUAUGCGAAGAAGUCACUCCAGCUGUACCCGUCCAGGGAGAAGCAUGCAAAGAAGGUGAAGAAUGUAUACCAACAGAUACUACUGUGUCACCAGUUCCUACCGAAGAAUGUAAAGAAGGCGAAGUUUGUGAACCCAAGCCAGAAGUGCCAACAGCGGGAGAGCCAACUGAAGAAUGUAAAGAGGGUGAAUGUCCACCUGUUGAAGGUGUUACCGAAGAACCAAUUACGUCAGAACAAGUGCCGCAGUGUGAGGGUGAGGUAUGCAAACUGCCUGGAGCAGACAAAGAAGUGACCGAAAAACCGGAACAAGUACCUGAAGUGUCACCUUCCGAAGAGCCUUCGGUUGAAGUAACGACGUCCGUUAUUGCACCAUCUGAAGCUGAAACCGAAUCUGAUCAGAAGAUCACACCCAGCGUAACCGAGCAUAUUGAACAUGUCGAACCGGAAACUGAGCAUGCAGAGGUUGAAACGGAAGAACCAGAAACCGAAACUGGUAAACCAGAAGAGGGUGAAACCAAGAAGCCAUUGCAGCCAGAACCUAGCAAACCGGAAGAAGAAGAAACUACUGCGCCUGCAGAAACAGUGACUGCUGUCCCAGAGGAAGAAGAAACUAAACCUUCCGUUGUUGAACCUGCGGUUCCACAUGAAACAGAAACCGAAAUUCCUGUAGAGCCAGCAGUGUCUGAAAAAGAACCUGAAGAAGUCGAACCCGAAACCGAAGGUCCUGAAAAGGCCAUUACACCUGAAAUUAAACCAGAAGAACCAGCCACAUCGGUUCCAUCUGUUGAGCCUGUUGAAGCCGAGACAACCGCACCAUCAGAGGAGCCUGAGCAAAUUCCAUCUGAAACUACACCACCUACCGAUGAAGAGAAAGAAGAAACCCUUAAACCUGAAGCAACAGGCCCAAGUGUAUUGGGAGAAAGUGAAACUGAAGUUACUCCAACUCUUCCUGCUCAUGUUGAACCUGAACUACCAACUGAAAAGCCUGCAGUGGUUCCUGAAGAUGAAAUCAAACCAGAAAUUACCACUAUUUCCGAAGAACCAGAAAUUGUUCAUGUAACAGAAGAAAUUCCAUCUGCAACAGUUAAACCAAUUGAAGCAGAUGAUCAUGUUAUGGAAACUACACCUAGCGUACCAAUAGAGGAGAUUCCAGAAAAAGAAACUGAGGUGCAACCAGAAAAACCAACAGAAACACCAGCUCACGAGGAUGUUGAACCAGAAGAGGGUGGUGAGGUUACAAAGCCUACCGAAGUUGCUCCUGAGAAGGGCGAAGAAGAAGUCACGGAGGCAGUGCUUCCAGUUGAACCAAUUAAACCCGAUGAAGUAAAACCAACUGAAGCUGAAUUCAAACCUACGGAAGCUGAUGAAGGUGUAAAACCAACUGAUACUCCAGUUAAACCAGAUGAAGAUGUAGAAAAAUCGACUGAAUCGGUCACUUCCGCGAAACCAACGGAAUUGGAAGUUGAAGAGGCCAAGCCGACAGACUUGCCAGCCGUACCAGAGGCUACUGAAACUGAAGAAGUUAAACCUACUGAAAGCCCAGCCGAGGAAGAAGGCAAGCCAGUUGAGAGUGAAACUACUGCACCAGUAGAAAGCGAUGAAACUGGAAUAACUCAAGCUCCACCUGAAAUCAAACCAACUGAAGAAGCGGAAGAAGAACACAAACCUACCGAAGCAGAAGAGGAACACAAACCUACGGAAGCAGAAGAGGAAUACAAACCAUCAGAAAGUGAAGAGGCUGUUACUGAAAAGGAAGAAGAUGUUGAACACAAACCUACUGAAGUUCAAGAAGCUGUUGAGUCAACUGAACCAAGCGCAGAUGAUAAAGAGAAGCCUACAGACCGUGCACCAACGGUACCUGAAAAAGAAGAAGGCGAACCAACAGAAGCUGAAGCAGGUAUACCUACCGAGCCAAGCAAAGAGGAAGAGUACAAACCCACUGAUAGAGCACCAAGUGUACCCGAAAAAGAAGAAGAUAAGACCACUGAGCCAAGUGAAGAAAGCAAACCAACUGAAGCUUAUGACGAAGAAAAACCGGAACAUGGAGUUAUGUCAGAAGAUGUUGAACCCGAGGAACCAGAGGAACCCGAACAACCUGCUACAUCAAGACCAAUUCCAGGUGAAGAUGUUACUGCUCCUCCUCAUGAAGUUGUUACUGAAGAGUAUGUCACUGAAGUUGCCAAACCACAAACUGAAGAAGCCGUUGUAACUGUAACUGCAGUACCGGCUGGCGCUGAAGUAACAGAAGGCAAGCCAGAAGAAGUACCAGAAGGACCAGUUGAGCCAUCUGCUACUGAAGAAGCAGUUACAUCACCACCCGAAAAAGAUAUUGGAGAACCAACUAAAGAAGAAGAGGUAGAGAAACCAGAAAGCAGUACUCAAGUACCAUCGGUAGAAGGUGCACCAGUGACUGAAGAAGAAGAAGAAGAUGUUUUCACUUCAACAACAAUUCAGGAUAUGCUCACUAAAUCGUCGCCGUUGCCGUUUACGACAACGACAAUCUUGCCUAGUCACGAGCAGCUACCCGACACUUCCGACUACCCGGUGCAAGGCCAGGUACCAGAUGACGAAUAUGACGACGAAGAGCCAAGUGCUUUCGGACCUGGCACAUGUCGCUAUGGUGGCAAAGUCUACGUGUCUGCCCAGCAGAUACCACGAGACGAUCCUUGCGACUUCUGCUUCUGCUUCCGCAGCGACAUCAUCUGUCUGCAACAAAGCUGUCCACCGCCUAUACCACGCUGCCACGAAGAACCCAUUCGAGGAUUCUGUUGUCCUCGAUACGAAUGCCCCGUCUCCAUGGCCACAACGGUCAACAUUACCACAACCACUACGACCACCACUACAACGCUACCUCCUCACUUCUUAUCACAUGCAUACAAGGGUCGUGCCACUCGUACGGGUUGUCUCAUACAGGGACAAUCUUACAAGGUGGGCGAAACCAUUCGAUCCGCUUCUGGACCAUGCCUGCACUGCGUAUGCGGCGGCGAUGGUCAAAUGAAAUGUGAUCCCAAAGUGUGUAGUCCCGAACCGAUGUUGCGGCAAAUGAUUGCAGCAGCGGCGUCGCGACGAAGAAGAUGAGCCCAACACUAGUUGCCCACGCACUAUAAAGACAGAACACAAAAAAUGAAAAUUUAAAGUGAAUGAACUUAAGUGUAAACGUAAGCGAAACCACGAUACUCUUAAACAGCAUGAAAAUCGAGCAGACCAACUAGACAACUAGAAGGAAUCGGGAGGCGAACCAUAACGGAAGUCAGCGCAGUAUUUUGUGCGAAGUGAUAGAAAGGACAAUUUUAUGCAAUUUUUUCUAUAUUUUCAACGGAUAGCGAUCGGCUUCAAGUCGCGCGCAAAACUCGAUAAAUUAAGUACAUAAGCAUAAAUAUUAAAGUAAAUACAUUGAUAAGCAUUCUCGGGUGCCAAAAUGAACUAAGACUAGGUAUUAUACACGUGCCUUCAAUACAGAAUUGAGAGGGUGGAUCAAGUCGAACGCGAAUGAGAGAAACAAACCGGAAGCACAUGAAAUGAAAGUCAUGUUCACGUAACACACACAUAUGCAUUUUACUGUAGAGCAGAGCUUCGUUCCACAACGAGCAAACAUCGCAUUUUAAUGAUCUAUAUAUAUGCGUCAUCUAGCAAUCCCUUCAAACCUCGUUUUUAUAUGAAUAUUAAUGUUUUAUUUUGUUUAUUUAAUUGGAAAAAUGGAAGAUUUUUGUUUGUGCGUGUGUGUAUUAUAUGCCCAAACUUGCACGCGCCGUGAUUUAUUCGUAUACUCUUUUAAAAACCUCUUAGUAGAUACUUGUAUUUAUAUAAUGGAUAAAAUUUAACAUGAACAAAAAAACUCUUGCAAAAUGCGAAAAUCAACUACAACAAAAAAACGAUUGCAAAAAGUAUAAAAUAUUAAUAUAUCGACGACUGAUAAUCAGAAAAUUUUUGUAAACUAUGUAGGAAUUUUCGAACGUAAUUAAUUAUUAUUUAAUGCUAUAGAUAUUUGUCGUUUGUACAAAUAAGAGAACACAAAUAGAGACGAAAAAGCCAUUUGAUGAAAUCCCAGUUUAGGGCUCGUUUAUUACUUGAAACUUUUUUUGUAACGAUUUAUAUAAUUAUUAUGGUUUAUAUAUAUUUAUAUACAUAUUUAUAUAUUGAUAUAUAAAUACUAAUAUAUAAAUAUAUAUAUAUGUUUGUGUAUUGCGUAUUCCGAACGCACGUCUAGGUUGUUUGACUGGUAGAAAUUGCACACAAUUUUUCUCUAUUUCUUCGUCAUUUGUAUGUUUUAAACAAAUAUCUCUUUACAAUAUGAUAUAUAUGUAGUUAGUUAUACAGUGUAAUAAGGACGAUGGCCGAUGAUACGUUUAUGCUAUUUAAAUUGAUAUCUUAAACGAGAUUUCUACUACUUGAACGCCUAGACUUGAUAUUCAUAUUUGUAUAUUAACGGAUGCUCAAUAUUAUACGUUAAAUUAGUACAUGUAGUAUUUAUCACUAAUUAAUAAAUGAAUAAAUAAUGUAAAUGAA